GCCCCACUCUGGGAAGGGUUAAUAUGCAGCCAGGCUGCCUAUGCUCAGGGCCUCAGACUGGCCCAGGAAUGGGAGGGGUGGACCUGGAAGGUGGAGCAGGCUUGCCUUGCACAGGCUGCCUUCUCCCCACAGGAGUGGGCACGCUUGCCCAGCCGGUCUGAGAAUGGUGAACUCGAGUUGCCUUUAGGAAUGACUGCAAAGCCCACACCUGGAAAUCCCCCCUCCCUGCCCCUCCACGGCAGGUUGCCUCUGGGAGACUCUCCAGUCAUUAGAGGAAUGAACCAGGAGUGAGCCAUUCACCAGCUCGCCAGCACUUGGGAGAGAGCAGCAGGAUGGACGUGGUCGAAAGCCUUCUUAUGAAUGGGAGCAACAUUACUCCCCCCUGUGAACUCGGCCUGGAAAAUGAGACUCUUUUCUGCCUGGAUCAACCUCAACCUUCAAAAGAGUGGCAGCCUGCCGUGCAGAUUCUCCUUUACUCCUUGAUAUUCCUCCUCAGUGUGCUGGGGAACACGCUGGUCAUCACGGUGCUGAUUCGGAACAAGAGGAUGCGGACGGUCACCAACAUCUUCCUGCUGUCCCUGGCUGUCAGUGACCUCAUGCUCUGUCUCUUCUGCAUGCCCUUCAACCUCAUCCCCAACCUGCUCAAGGAUUUCAUCUUUGGAAGUGCUAUGUGCAAGACCACCACCUACUUCAUGGGCACUUCCGUGAGUGUCUCCACCUUCAACCUGGUAGCCAUCUCUCUGGAGAGAUACGGCGCCAUCUGCAGACCCUUACAGUCCCGCGUCUGGCAAACGAAGUCCCACGCUUUGAAGGUCAUCGCUGCCACCUGGUGCCUCUCCUUCACCAUCAUGACUCCGUAUCCCAUUUACAGCAACUUGGUGCCUUUUACGAAAAAUAACAACCAGACGGCAAAUAUGUGCCGCUUCCUGUUGCCAAGCGAUGCUAUGCAACAAUCUUGGCAAACAUUCCUGCUACUCAUCCUGUUUCUCAUCCCCGGGAUUGUGAUGGUGGUGGCCUAUGGGCUGAUCUCUCUGGAACUCUACCAAGGAAUAAAAUUUGACGCUAGCCAGAGGAAAUCUUCUAAAGAGAAGAAGCUGAGCAGUGGCAGCAGCCGAUACGAGGACAGUGAUGGGUGUUACCUGCAGAAGUCCCGGCACCCGCUGAAGCUGGAGCUUCAGCAGCUGUCUACCAGCAGCAGCAGCAGCCGAGUCAACCGCAUCAGGAGCAGCAGUUCCGCUGCCAACCUGAUAGCCAAGAAGCGCGUGAUUCGCAUGCUCAUUGUCAUUGUGGUCCUCUUCUUCCUGUGCUGGAUGCCCAUCUUCAGUGCCAAUGCCUGGAGGGCGUAUGACACCGCUUCUGCUGAGAAACACCUCUCGGGGACUCCCAUCUCCUUCAUCCUCCUCCUCUCCUAUACCUCUUCCUGUGUGAAUCCCAUCAUCUACUGCUUCAUGAACAAACGGUUUCGCUUGGGCUUCAUGGCCACCUUCCCUUGUUGUCCCAACCCUGGUCCCCCAGGGGUGAGAGGAGAGGUGGGAGAGGAGGAGGAUGGGAGGACCCUAGGGGCAUCACUGACCAGGUAUUCCUACAGCCACAUGAGCACCUCUGCUCCACCCCCCUGAGCUAUGACGGCUGGCCCUCCGCUGCAGCAGGAAGGGAGAGACCAGGGAGCAAGGAAGAAACGGGAAAGGAGGAAGAAGAAACUGGAGUGAAGGAGAAGGGAGACCCACUUGUCAUGGGGACUUUUCAAUGUCUGCUUUUCAUCCUUCACAGAGACAAGGAACUUAAGGUGGGGUCAUAAAAUGACAAGACAUUUUCCACAGUGUCCGUUCACCAUAGAAGAAACCUCCGACCAGGGACAGGAGCCCCAAAAGGCUCAUGCUACAAAUGUCACUGCCAAGUCCAUGGUGAAAAUGGAGGUAGAGAUCCUGAUGAGCUUUAGAAUUUUCUGGAACACCCCUGGGUGAGGUCUCUCCAUAGUGACAUGCUGCUGUGCUCUUUCUUCUGCUCCUGCAGAAUUACAGUCACCACUUUCCUUCCCGGGGAACCCACGGCUACUUCCCAUGCAUAUUACAACGACACACCUUCUCACUGCCACCAAGGACGGAGGAAGCACACCUCCUCUGGCCACUCCCGACUAUGGGACUGGUCUGACUCUUUUAAAUCUAGAGCUUGGUCGAGAACACACAGAGGUGUAAGUUUCCAUCAUCAUCAGAAAAGCAAAAAGAGUGAGUCUAAAAGACAGGUUUUCGGAUUUUUGUUUCCUCAAAGGGAAAAGCAUGCAAGGCCAAUAGCCUGAAGGCACGUCUUCUUUCCUCGAAGUCAAGGCAGAAAGGGGAGGUGACCUGUACCGCGUGACUUCUCCUUUGUACCCUAACCCCACUACUUGUUUUAAACCUCAAUGUAAUUUCUUCUGUUCACCUAUACUUCCUCUUCUCCAGAAAGACCUCCAGGUAGGAAGGGGAGUUGUAUUUACCUGGACAAGGGUGGAAAAAUGUAUAGUCAGGCCCCAAAGGAAACUGACAGCUGGGACUCAGUUCACAGGUAACUUGGAAUGCCAAAAGUGUGUAUGUUUUUAUUACCAUCUAUGUAGUUCUUGAUAAUUGGCUCACUAUGUGUGCGCACGCUGGCUCGUGUGUGUGUAUGUGUGUGUGUGUGUGUAACUGAACAUAUGAUCGCCUUCUCUGUGUGUUAAAAACUUAUCAGUGGAUAUUGAAAUUCAGCAAGUGUUACCAUUCUUCCAUAAAAGUUGGAGUUUUGUGUGAGCUUUGUUUCUUUGCAAAAUUAGUGCUGAAAAACAUUUAACUCUGAGAACUCUCUGUUUAAAAAUAGAAAUAAGUUAUACAUUGAGACACCAGGAAGAACAUUUCUAGAGAGCAUGUGCCAAUGCAGUCUACCAGUACACACACUCUCUCCCUCUCCCUCCCUCGCUUCCUUCCUCCCUGUCUCUCCUUUUCUCUCAUUUCCAUCCCUUUUUUUCUUGUACAAGGCUGUCAUGUCUCCUUAAUAGCUUUAAUAUGAACUUUCUCAAUAGAAACAGUUUGUAGGCACAUGCAGAAAGUAAAAAAAAAUACACAAAGAAAAGGAAAUAUGAAUCAAGGAAAGUUUGUUGCUGCGAGCUGCCAAUUAUUCAAGGAAUGGACGUUCUUCUUCUCCCUUCCAUAAGGCCAGAACAGCCCAGUGACCCAGGCUGCCAUGCAGAAGAGGGAAAAGAAGAGUCGCAGGGGCUGCUAGGGCCCCUGAUGUUCUAGAAUUAGACACGCUGUGCAUCUCACAGUGGUGGGUGUGCCUAAUGGACUGCACUAAGGAGAAACAGCUGAGCCCAGAACUGCCCGCCGCACCCAACUUGUCAGGCCAGGCUAUUCCCUCUUCAGACUUCAGUCUUACAUGAGGAACUACCAUCACCUUCUCAGUCAACUCAAAAGGCAGAAUCAAAACUGCAAUGAUAAAAGACGUAAGAGAUAAAAAUGUCUGUGAUACCCGAUUCGGUCUUACAGUCUACAUACUUUUCCUCCCUAAAUAAAGACUUGGACUCUCUGACAGUAUUAGGAAAUAAAUGAAGAAAAAUUAGGAACACCCCCCCCCCCGCAGCCCAUUAUUAGGAACCUCUGGAGUUUCUGACUUAAAAACAAAGUUCUAGGAUUUAGUUAAUAAAAAUACAGCUAUGCAGCUAAAGUAUACUUUUGGAAAAGCCAGCUCUUUUCAACCUUCCUAAUGCCCUGACCCUUUAAUACAGUUCCUCAUAGUGCAGUGACCCCCAACCAUAAAAUUAUUUUCAUUCCUACUUCAUAACUAUCAUUUUGCUACUGUUAUAAAUCAUAAUGUAAAUCUGUUUUCCAAUGGUCUUAGGUGACCUCUGUGGAAGGGUCGGUCAACCCCAACGCGGUUGCAACCCACGUAUUGAGAAACACCCUUCUAGACAGUGAUUUUCAGUUUUAAGUGCAUCUCGUACACUGAAAGACGUCCUAUAUUUUAUCUGCCAACCCUACAUUUGAAAUAUUUUAAGGCAGGCAAAAACAUAAACAAUAUUUCACACACACAC